AUGGAGAGAUGGAGAGGUGGGAGGGAAGCAGCUUUAAGACGCAGUAACGGCUAAUCAGUGACAGGUGAGCUCCCCCUUUGGAAUUGGACGUCAAGCAGAGACAAGCUGACAUGACCACCUAUAAGCCGAGGGUGAUUUCUCUGACCAAGACUCCGGGUCAAACGUUUGGCUUCUAUCUGAGAGUGGAGCAAAAUGAGGAAGGUCAUCUGAUCCGCUGCCUGGAAAUGGGAGGCCCUGCUGAACUGGCUGGCAUGAAAGACGGAGACCGCAUCCUUCGGGUCAAUGGAACAUUUGUUGAUGGGCUGUCCCACUCAGAGGUGGUGGAGCUGGUGAGGAACGGCGGGGCAUCCGUCACAUUCCACAUCCUGGAUGAAUCAUCUUACAAGCAAGCAAAAGCUUUGGGGGUGAACCUUUCUGAUCCGCAACACACACCAGUGGCCAAUGGAGCGACCAAAGAGCCUCCAAAACUCAAACUGUGCUACUUGGUCAGGUCUAAAAUGGGAUUUGGGUUUUCUCUUCGCUCAGCAAGAGACGAACAAGGAUUGUUCAUGACUCAGGUGGACUCAGGCAAAAUAGCCUACAACGCUGGAGUCAGAAACGAAGAUCGUCUGCUGGAGGUUAACGGGGAGAACAUAGAAAACCACACCCAUGACGAAGUGGUGGAAAAGAUCAAACUGGGAGGGAAAAGCAUCAUGCUCCUGCUUGUUGACAAGGAAACGGACAGUUUCUAUCGCAACAAAAAAAACAAGAUAGGAUCAUGGUUGGCAACAGUAAAGUUUCUCCCACUGCAACCGCGCUUCAUCAAUAUGAUCAAAGGGUCUGAUGGAUAUGGAUUCCUGCUCAGACAGGAACCAGGCCAAGAAGGACACUUCAUAAGGGAAGUAGACAAAGGCAGUCCUGCAGAAAAAGCCGGCCUGAGGGAAAUGGACAGAGUUGUUGCUGUCAAUGGAACCGAUGUGGACAACUGCAGCCAUGAACAGGUGGUGGACUUGAUCAGGCUAUGUCUCAACACAUGCUCCUAUCUUGUCGUGGACAAAGACACGGACCAAAUGUACAAGCAGGGUAAGGUGUCUCCUAUGCUUUUCUGGGAGGAGAUGAAAGAUUCCAACUCCCCACCCAGUUACACUGAAGCUUUGAGCUUACCUGCUCCUGCCAAAACAUCCAUGCCUGUAAGAGACAGAACGGAGGAAGCGAGACCCAAAUUGUGCAAAAUGGAGAAGACCUCUGAUGGCUUUGGCUUUCACCUGAAUGGCAUUGAAGGGAUGCUUGGCCAGUACAUCACAGAGGUGGUGAAAGGCGGUGCAGCAGACAGGGCUGGUCUGGAGAACGAUGACAUUGUGAUAGAGGUGAACGGUAACAAUGUGGAGCAGAGCACCCAUGCUGAGGCGGUGAACAUAAUCCGCAGAAGUGGCAACACUCUGGAGAUGCUGGUGGCUAGACAGGAUGUCUACAAACAGCUCAAAGCCACAGGUGUGAAGACCACACCCCUUCUCCUUGGGGAAUCAUCCAAGGGGAAAACUCACACUGCAGAGGCUCCAGAACCAAACAGGAAAGAACAACAGCAGGAGGAAGCCAGGCCUGAAACCCCACCUCAACAGGAGAGACAGAGGACGCCCUCUGUGUCAUCAUCUUCGUCUGAAGACGGCAUCGAUGAGAGGCUCUGAAAGGAUGCCCGCAGGAACAAAUCCUAGAUGUGGCCGAAUCUGAAGAGUUUCCUUUUAAAGCUCUCUGAGCUUCACACAUUCCAGUGAAACACAGUAAGAGAGACGACAACAACAACUAAAAAAUAAUAAUUAAACCAGAACUGAGAAACCACCCACAAAAACUGAUUCAUAGCAGAAUAGCUGUUCCUGGAACUUACAGCAGAAAAACAUUUUGGUGCCUUUAAGAAAAACUUCAGUACUCUCCACAUUCACUGAAACCUCAAGGAGGUGAUUAACCAAAAGAAUAAAUACAACUUUAACUUUCAUAUAUGUACUAUAUUCAUUCUCAUAACACAGACAAUGGCUGCAAGAAGAUGGCUACUAACCUAAACAAGUCCACGUCUACAGUCAAAGCUUAAAAUAGACGGAGCUGUGACAAACAAAGCUUGGAGAAACCAAAUGUUCUUUUACCAUUACACCCAGAAAG